AUGGGACCAAAGCCUUUAGAGAUUCAACAUACAAACACAAGUUUCUUUCACGAAUGCGGACCAGUGUGCCUUAUGCACUGUGAAUAUGGGAUGGUGAAGGACGAGAGAGGAUGUCCAAAAUGCGAGUGUAAUCCCCCUCCAGAAUGCGGACCAGUGUGCUAUAUGUACUGUGAACAUGGGAUGGUGAAGGACGAGAGAGGAUGUCCAAAAUGCGAGUGCAAUCCUCCUCCAGACUGCGGACCAGUGUGCGCUAUGUUCUGUGAACAUGGGAUGGUGAAAGAUGAACGAGGAUGUCCAAAAUGCGAGUGUAAUCCCCCUCCAGACUGCGGACCAGUGUGCGCUAUGUUCUGUGAACAUGGGAUGGUGAAAGAUGAACGAGGAUGUCCAAAAUGCGAGUGUAAUCCCCCUCCAGAUUGCGGACCAGUGUGCAAAAUGUACUGUGAACAUGGGAUGGUGAAAGAUGAGAGAGGAUGUCCAAAAUGCGAGUGUAAUCCCCCUCCAGGUGCCCUAAGUGGCGGAACUGAAGGUGAAGACUGCGGAGCAGUAUGCCUCAUAGAGUGCCCGUUUGGAUCUGUGAAGGACGAAAGCGGAUGCCCCACUUGCGUGUGUUAUGACAAAAAACCUGACAGUACGUACCUGCAUAUUCCUGCAUGA